UGGAGAUGGCCAUGAAAAAACAAACAGCCAAAGUGUCUCCCUCGCCCAUCACGGGUCCUGCUGUCUUUCUGCUGCCCACUCCACAGGAGCAUGCUGAAAGACAGAGGGGACCCCAGCCCGCGGCUGAAGAUGGGCAGGAUGGGGGGAAGGGUGGAGACCAGGCAGAAGAGUGUGUGGAGAAGAGAGAGGACAGUAAGAGCCGCUGUGCCCGCUGCCCGCUGAGAGCCAUGUGUCGAGCUGUGUGGGGGCUGGUCCUUGGGUGCUGUGUGGCCCUGGCGUGGGCAGUGGGAACACACAGUGCCAAGCAGUCUCUGGAGCAGCUCCAUGCCCCCUUCUUCACUAUUUGGUUCUGCAGUACAUGGAACCUCCUCCUCUUUCCCCUCUACUACCUGGGACACCUGCUAGGGGCAGAGCAGAGACAGUGGCCCACAGCCUGCUUCAGGCAGUGCAGUGGCUUCCUGGUGGAGGAGGACAUGACAGUGAGAGUGCUCCUGAAGGGUGCAGCACCGUUCUCCGUGCUGUGGAGUCUCUCAGGCUACCUGUACCUGCUGGCUCUUUGUCGCAUCUCAGCGGGAGACGCUAGCGCCAUUCUCUGCUGUAGCCAGGGCUUCAUCUUCCUCCUGUCCUGGAUCGGACUCAACGACCGGUUCAUGGGUGUACGGAUAGUGGCUGUAAUUCUCUCCAUCACAGGAAUCGUCAUGAUGGCGUAUGCUGAUGGUUUCCAUAGCGACUCAAUCACAGGGGUGGCCCUGGCAGUAGGCUCAGCUUCAACCACUGCCCUGUACAAGGUGUUGUUUAGAAAGCGAGUGGGAGAGGUGCAACCGGGUACGGCCAGUGUUCUGCUGUCCUGUGUGGGGCUAUGCUGCUGUGUCCUCCACUCCUGGGUGUGUGUGAUACUCUACCUCACACAUGUGGAGUACUGGCCUCCAAUCCAGUACAUCCCCUGGGACGCAUUGUGCGUGAUGGCCUCUCUGCUCCUCGCUUUCAAUGUCUUGGUGAAUCUAGGAAGUGUGCUUGCCUACCCCUCCCUUAUUUCUCUUGGAAUGUUACUGAGCAUCCCAGCUAAUUCAGCAGUGGAUUUCUAUGUCGCUGCAGCCCCCCAGCUCAGCCAGGUCAGAGUGGCUGCAGCAGCUAUCAUCGGGGUGGGCUACCUCUUACUGCUGCUCCCUGGAGACUGGGAUGACAGUGUUGUCCACUGGAUAGAGGGUCUGUGGCAAGGAGGAUGGAAAGAGGACAGUGUGGUUGGAGAAGAUGGAGGAGCUGAUGGAGGAGAAAUUGCAAAGCCCAAGCCCAAACCAGCAGGCAUUGCUGCCCUAACAUGAUGCACUUUGGUUUUACAUGACAGAACUUGGUGUCAAAAGUCUCUCAACCAAAACCAGGGACGCAACUUUGGUGUUAGAAGUGGGGGGGAAUAACUUGGUGGGGGGUUUGGGGGUCCUCCCAUUUUUGGGGGCAUAUAAAGCAAAUGUCCUGCAUUUCUGCACAAUCUAAUAUGACCCAUUGCCCUUUCUAGCCAUCUCUAUUUAGAACAACAUAAAGAAAGCAAAAAUGACCAGUCAUCAAGCUAGGUAAGAGAUCCUUAUUAAAUAUGUUGAAGUGAUUGAUAAGACUGAACUAGAUCAAUGGUAAUUCAAUAAUCAAUAUUGUGCUGCACCUUGAACCAACAGCCUAACAAACAAACAACUCUUACAAAUAAAGUACAAAGACUUUUGAUUGUAUUUAUUACAUUUCAGCCAGCCCGAGCCACCUGCACGCCCAACCCCCAUCAGUCUAGUCAAAAACUCAACUCUCUCCCCAUCUUUUUUUAUGUCUCAAGGAAAGGUUUGAA